AUGACCUCAAUUCCUACAACUCAGUGGGCUCAGGUCGUCGAAACAAAGGGCGGUCCUCCAAUCUACAAAGAAAUUCCCGUUCCCAAGCCCGGUCCCGAUGAAGUCCUCAUCAAAGUGAAAUACACCGGCGUCUGCCACACAGACCUCCACGCUAUGAAAGGUGACUGGCCUCUUGCACUCAAGCUACCCCUGGUAGGUGGCCACGAAGGUGCUGGAACUGUAGUCGCCAAGGGUGAACUCGCCGCCGGUAUCGAAAUCGGCGACAAGGCGGGCAUCAAGUGGCUGAAUGGGUCUUGUCUCGCGUGUGAGUUCUGCAAGACAUCUGAUGAGCCUCUAUGCGCCGAGGCCCAGCUUUCUGGCUACACGGUGGAUGGAACUUUCCAGCAGUAUGCUAUUGGAAAGGCGGCACAUGUGACCAAGUUGCCUGAGGGUGUGGCUCUUGAUGCAGUUGCGCCGAUCCUGUGUGCGGGUAUUACGGUCUACAAGGGAUUGAAGGAGUCGGGUGCGCGCCCUGGUCAGACGGUUGCUAUUGUUGGAGCUGGAGGUGGACUCGGCUCACUGGCUCUGCAAUAUGCGAAGGCGAUGGGACUGCGUGUUCUUGCUAUUGAUGGUGGGGAUGAGAAGCGUGAAAUGUGCGAGGAGCUCGGUGCCGAGGCCUACGUUGACUUCACCACUUCCAAGGAUCUUGUGGCGGAUGUGAAGGCUGCCACUCCCGGAGGACUGGGUGCUCAUGCAGUUCUGUUGCUUGCUGUCUCUGAGAAGCCUUUCCAGCAGGCUGUUGAAUAUGCUCGUCCACGUGGUGCUAUUGUCGCUAUUGGUCUGCCUGCCAAUGCUUUCCUCAAAGCACCAGUCUUCGAUAGCGUUGUCAAGAUGAUCAACAUCAAGGGUAGUUACGUGGGCAAUCGCCAGGAUGGAGUCGAGGCUAUUGAUUUCUUUGCUCGUGGCUUGAUCAAAGCCCCAUUCAAGACGGUUCCACUCAAGGAUCUGCCGAAGGUGUUUGAGCUGAUGGAGCAAGGCAAGAUCGCUGGUCGCUAUGUGCUCGAGAUUCCAGAGUAA